UUUGAGAGAAUUAGGAGAAGCAACAACCUCGAAGCUAGUUCAAACUAGUGGGAGGUUGUCUGCAGAAAAGAAGACAGAAAAAAAAAAAGGAGGAGCUGCUACCAUAUUCAAAAGAUCAAGAAAUCAAUGGCUCGUGGAAAGGUUCAGCUGAAGCGGAUCGAGAAUCCAGUGCACAGGCAGGUUACCUUCUGCAAGCGCCGAGCAGGACUUCUUAAGAAGGCCAAGGAGCUUUCUGUGCUGUGUGAUGCUGAAAUUGGAGUUAUCAUUUUCUCCUCCCAUGGAAAGCUCUAUGAGCUGGCCACCAAAGGAACCAUGCAAGGGAUUACUGAGAGGUACAUGAAGUCUACAGGAGAGGUUCAGCCUGAACCAGCCAUUGAAGCACAACCCUGCCUGGAUGCAAAAGAGGAAAUUAACAUGCUGAAACAAGAGAUCGACAUACUCCAAAAAGGUCUCAGGUAUAUGUUUGGAGGUGGAGGUGCGACAAUGACGUUGGAUGAGUUAGAUGUGCUUGAAAAGCACCUUGAGGUUUGGAUUUGUAACAUACGUUCAACAAAGAUGAACAUUAUGUUUCAAGAGAUUCAACUUUUGAGGAAUAAGGAAGGAAUGCUGAAAGCUGCAAAUAAGUAUCUCCAAGAUAAGAUAGAAGAUCAUCAGAACAGUAGUACUACUGCAAUCACUGACUUCGCACCAAUUAAUACCACUAAUUUCCCAUACCCACUAACCAUAAUGCAGAAUGAGAUAUUGAAAUUCUAGCUAGGAUUGUCAUGAUCUAGAAUAAGCUGAUCUACUGUUUUAUGUACUACUGUUUUUAAUUAAGGUCACGCGCGUGUUCUGUUCUCAUGUAAGCCAAUGUACGUAGCUGUAUAGUAUAAAUUAAGUUCUUUCCGAUGGACAGACGUACGUACGUUGUAAUUGUCUGAUCAUGAUGAUCAGGAUGGGUACUUGCCAUCCUAGCUAGUACUCUUACUACUUUAGCAGCUUGAUUUGUAAGUAUAUUAAUGUUGACGUAUUGUGGUCUUGUUUGCUAUC